AUGCCAGCCACUAGAAAACGACAGAACGAUGGCAACACACCAGCUCCAAAACGAGUCAGACGUUCUCGAAAAGCAAAGGAGGAAGAGAAGGAGAACAUUAUCAGAACGUCAGUUAACUCAACUCCCGAUGCAUCGAUCGCUGGAAGCUCUCGUGUCUCACCCAUCGCCAGUACUAACAGAAGGAAGACGAAACCUGUCAAUCUCUGCAAUCUCGAAAAAACACUAACAAAUUUUAAUAAAGAAGGUAAGAAAUAUAUUAAUUUGCUGAAUUCACUGUGGUUCUCAUUUUCUUUUCUAGAUGUAAUAAACAAAAUGCGCGAAGAAAAUAUUGACAACCGCAUGUUUCUGGUACGAAAUGUUGUACGAUGGAGAAAACUCGAAGACAAGCAUCUCAAAUUCAGUCGACGUAGAAAGGUUGCAAUCGCAGAUGUACUACCUCGACUCCAAGAGAAAAUGGUCAAAGCUAACAAACACUACGAUCUGUGCACAGUGAAUUUUACCGGUAUUAGAAGCUUGGGAACUUUUUCCGAACAUCAAACGAAUGCCACCAACGCCGCAUCUGUUCAAACAUACACAAUCAUCGUGGACGAAAAGAAACAAGUUCAAGUGUUGAACAACGCAUUGUGCACUAUCUCCCUCGAAGACAAGUUUCUUUCCGCAGAACUCGAUAGAAACUUGAAGAAAAUCACAUUAACCGCUGAGGAGUUUACAAAUGCUCAGAAAAUUUACUUCGCGACUGUGGUCACACGAAUGGUACUCCUCGGGGAAAAGCGAUUUUCUCGAAUGGCGACAGUGGCUAAUCCGAAAGGCAUCAAGGCUCGAGUUCAGCAAAAAGUUGAGCCAGAAAAGUUAUCUCUGAUGAAAGAAGUCCGUAUCGGAUGUACUCAAAUGUAUCAGAAAGACAAAUUUAGUAAACUGCAUGAUGGCGUUAUGAGAAUACUCUUACGUGAUGAAGAUGAUCCGUUUAUCUUGAGUCGAAAGAUCUUCAAACAAGCGGGCUCUUCGAUCGACUGGCUAGUCAAUGUCGACAAUCUCCACUUUCUCAGUGAAAAGAACAGCACCAAUCAAGAUGCGCACACUGCGCGACUCAUCUUUGAGGUUUCUGCAUUUGGGUUUCAUGAUAUCCUCGAAGAAGCCGAAAAAUCGAGAGUCCAGAGUCCACGUCGUUCGAGAGCCAACACACUUACAAGUCCAAAGCGUUGUGUUGUUGACAAGAAGGUGCCAUUUUCUGGACAUACUGAAAAAGGAGUGUAUUAUCUGAUGGCAGUGAGGAAGGCGGCUCGCUUCCCCUGGUUCCGGGUUCAGAAGACUGAAAAUGAAUUAGUGCAGCUUGCUCGCAACGGAAAGUGGUUCGAAGAGUCUGUUAUCACACACAUCGCCGAUUCUUGUUUCUAUCGAAAGAUAGUUCAUCGAUCUCGUUUGGUUGCUAUUCAAGCGAUAGCAGCAGAAAGAGAAGCAAAAAUCGCAGCGGCCCGAGCAGCUGGAUUGAUUGUGGAUGACACCAGAAACUCAGCCGUAGGAAAACGAAAAGUCUAUGGAUUGGACUUUGUACAAAGCGAAGGACACGGUCCAUUCCUAAAGAAUAUCUAUCGAACGAGAGACACAACUCACAUUCCACCACUCAUUCCAAAGAAAGAUACAAUGGAAGAGGUAGAUCUUUCGGAAAGAAACGAUCCAGUGUUCUCUCUUGGUAACGCUCCACUAUGCAAUAGUUUGUCGUUGAGACUUCAAGAGAGGAUUCACAUCCCUAAAAAGUAUGAAAAUCACGGAAGCGAAAUGUCAGUUGUCAACAAGCCAGCAUCUCAAGUACGAAGAGAUGUUCAUAACACAAAAUUGAAAGCUGUCGUUGUCAAGAAAUCGAUUGUAGUACCGAGAAAGAAGAAUCCAGCUCAUGUCGUCGGUGCUCUUGAUACAGAUCUUGAUGGACGACCGUUCCCAACGACCUGCGAGAUUUUUUUCCCAUAUGCCAAACAUGAAACCUACAACAUGUUAUUGAAAGAUUAUAUUGUAUCAAUCGGAUGGCGUGGUGGAUCGUAUUCGUCGGAACAAAAAUCCCGCCUAUUGUCUGGAUUCAUCGAGCAAAAUUAUGAAAUGAUCUUCGAGCACGGCCUGGAAAAUGUGUAUCUGAAACAUCUUCAAGUGGUGGGUAUGCAUUCAUUCAACUGGAAACAAAUUCACUACACUGCACCACGCGACAAGUAUCUCGAUCUUAAGAAGAAGUGGACUGAGCAACAUUGUCCAUCCACAUCUAGAAAAAAUUAA